GGAACUGUGUGGGAAGACAUGGGAGGAGCUUACAAAGUAUAAACUUGGAUGUUUCCUAGCAGUGGAGAGCUUCAGGACGGUAAACGAUGCCAAAAGUAAAUGAAGAGGACGAAUGCACCGUCGCGUUAACAGAACAUUUGGCGGAUUUUCUUUAAAGUUCAGUCUUCUGGAACACCCGCGAGACGCCAGCAGCUCAGGAACUGACGCGGAGAUCAACUCUUCGGGUGCACCGGAGCUGGACUCGGUGUGGCAUGCGUGGAUCAGAUAUUACUGCAAAGUCCAAAUACACUCUCUUGAACUAAAAGAAAGAAAGCGCACUUAUUUCGUAAGAUGAUCUGCUUAUUGUUUUUGUUCCACUGUGCUGCCGGCGUGUUGUCGUCUUCAACCCAGGUGGCUACAAUCUACCCUCAAGACCCGGCCCUUUCCAUCGGCUCCAGCCUGACAGCCACAUGCUCAGUGAAUCCAGACCACGGUGUUCAUGCAGGCUCACUCUACUGGACGCUGAACGGGAAGCGUCUUCCCAGCAGCACCUACAGCAUUCUGAGCCCCACUGUGAUCAGCGUCACCCUCCCUCGGCUCUCCGGGUCCCGCCAGCGCUCCGGAGACAACCUCGUGUGCCAUAACAGCGGGGGUCAUGUGCUGGCUGGCUCCUGCAUCUAUGUUGGCAUGCCUCCUGAGAAACCUGUGAAUCUUACCUGCUGGUCCAGGAACACUAAAGACCUCACCUGUAGAUGGGCCCCUGGGGGCCAGGGGGAAACCUUCAUCAAGACAAAAUACACACUCAAAUAUAAGCUCAGGUGGUACGGACGAGAAAAGGAAUGUGAGGACUACAGCGCGGGAGAACCAUAUACAUGCUACAUCCCCCGCGACCUCGCCCUCUUCACGCCCUACGAGAUAUGGGUGGAGGCCUCCAACCAACUCGGAACCGCAACAUCUGACGUCAUCUACUUGGAUAUCUUAGACGUGGUGACGACAGACCCACCGACUGAUGUGACCGUAAGCCGAGUGGGCGAUCUGGAGGACCAGCUGACUGUGCGCUGGGGGACGCCGCCUGCAUUAAAAGACUUCCUCUUUCAGGCCAAAUACCAGAUCAGAUACAGACUGGAGGAAAGCAGCGACUGGAAGGUGGUGCAUGAUGUUGGGAACCAGACUUCCUGCAGGCUGGCAGGGUUGCAGCCAGGCACGGUGUAUUUCGUGCAGGUGCGCUGUAAUCCGGUCGGGAUUCUGGGAUCUAGGAAAGCAGGCAUUUGGAGUGACUGGAGUCACCCAACGGCAGCCUCAACACCACACAGUGAGCGGCUGCUAACAGGGUCAUGUGACUCGAAGGUGGGGCAGCAGAACUCCACGCUGCGGAGGGAUUUGAAGCAGUUCUUUGGCUGGGUGCGCAAACACGCCUACGGGUGCAGCGGUAUGAGUAUCAAACUUUAUGAUCAGUGGCGGGUCUGGCUGCAGAAAUCUCACAAAACACGCAACCAGGUUCUUCAAGGAGAUAAAUCAUAGCACGUCGCCCCUGGCAGGCAGAAGAUUUAACAACAACGGCACACUGUGGAAGAAUUCACAUUUUCCAGACUGCUGUUUGGCUCAGUGCGAGAAACUUAACGUACAGCUGGACUCAAAACGGGAUGUUCAAACAACAAAAGGUGAUGGGCAUUUGGUCCCUCGGACACAGAUUAAAUUGUGCAGUUCUCUAAAAUGCCUUAUUAUAAAGGAAAACAAACUCUCUUUGAUAUUAGCCACGGAGAUCAAAUGGACUAUAUCUUCGCAUCUCGCUAUCCUUGGAGACAAGUUCUUGAUCGUGUUGGGGAGCAAUUAAUUAAAGGUCAUAAUUUGCACAUUUCCUGAUGACUAUGCACGAGCCAUGCUUAGCCGACCUGACACAUGGUCUUUGCGUGGACCCGUGAUGUUUUCAGAUCUUGCUAACAUUAGCCGACCUGUACGUUAAAGGGGUUCCUCACAGACAAGUGGAAAAUGUCUGAAUGUUUUUUUUUUCAGCCAGCAUUUUGUUUGAAUUCAAGACAACUGGAAUAAUAUUAAAACCAUCCAGUUUUAUCAAAGGUA